AUGAUAUCCACAAGACCGUCGGAUUCAGCAACUGUGGUAGAUACUGGAAAUAUCAAUAGUAAAAAUGAACGCAUCAUGAAGCUACAAGUUGUACUGGAUUACAAUGAAGGAAGAAUAGGUACUGAUUUAUCUGAUCAGCUAUCAUCAUAUUACACGUGCCUCAGGCGGUCAACAAAGUGGUACCGAAAGGUAGCAUUUGAAUUAUUUUUUUGGACGGCACUGGUAAACAGCUAUUUGAUAUACAAGGAAAACUACGCAGCAAGCAAAGUGACCAUUCUGCAAUUUCGUGAAAGUCUUGUCCGAUCUUUACUGCUUGGCAUGCCAUUCGAGAAGCUGAAGUCGGGUCCAAGACAAACAUCAAUAGGUCAAACGAAACGCAAACUUGCUGAUCACAAACUUGAAGAAAAAGAAGGAGCUGCUCGUGAUGUCCGAAGACGUUGUGUUGUUUGUUACGAGAAAAAUAGGGAACAACAACCAAGAGAAGCGUGUCAUUAA